CGGACCCUCCACCUCAGCCCCCGUGUCUUCUUAGGGUCUAACCCACCAUAUGGACUUUGCCUCGGAGACCCGCGCCGCGUCCUAGUCCCGAGUUGUGUGUUAAUUGUUUAAUUGGCUCUCAUCAUCAUCAUCAUGCUGAAGAGCAACGCGAAGAAGGCGGCGGUCACCGCGGCCGGAGCAGCCUCCCUGGCGCUGCUCGUGCUCGUGCUCACCGUGCAGCUGCGGCGCGUGCACGUGGUGGACCAGGUGACGCUCACGGAGGAGCCCGCGCACGCGCCCGAGCGGACGGGCUUCUCCGCGUACUUCAGCACGCUGACGCGCGGCCGCAGGGAGGCGGAGGCGGCGAGGCCCGGGCGCGCCGCCGGCUUCGCGCCCCCGCCGCCGCCCCCCCCCCCGGCCGAGGACAUCACCGCCGCGGACGUGUUCCUCGCGGUGAAGACCACCAAGAAGUUCCACCGCUCCAGACUGAGCCUGCUGCUGGACACGUGGAUCUCCAGGAACAAGCCGCAGACGUACAUCUUCACAGACGGAGAAGACGAGGAGCUAAAAAAGCAAAUGGGGAGUCAUGCAGUCAACACCAACUGCUCCGCGGCUCACAGCCGACAAGCUCUGUCUUGCAAGAUGGCGGUGGAAUAUGAUAAGUUCAUAGAGUCCGGGAAGAAGUGGUUCUGUCACGUCGAUGACGACAACUACGUGAAUGUUCGGACUCUUGUGAAGCAGCUGUCCCAGUACCCCCACACCCAGGACAUGUACCUCGGCAAACCCAGUCUGGACCGGCCCAUCGAGGCCACGGAGAGGCUGGGCGACAACAAGAUGAAACCAGUCAACUUCUGGUUUGCGACUGGAGGAGCCGGUUUCUGCGUGAGCCGGGGUCUGGCGCUGAAGAUGAGCCCAUGGGCCAGUGGUGGGCACUUCAUGAACACAGCGGAGAAAAUCCGUCUGCCCGACGACUGCACCGUGGGCUACAUCAUCGAGUCGGUUCUCGGGGUUCCGCUCACCCGCAGCAACCUGUUCCACUCGCACCUGGAGAACCUGCAACUGGUGUCACGCUCUGAGAUUCACAAACAGAUCACCCUCAGUUAUGGGAUGUUUGAAAACAAGAGCAAUAUUAUCAAUUUGAAAGGGGUGUUUUCUGUGGAGGAGGAUCCAUCGAGGUUCAAGUCUGUGCACUGUCUCCUGUACCCAGACACCCCGUGGUGUCCUCCUCAGGUUGCCUAUUAGGCCGACCGCUCCUUUCUCAUCCUCGUCUCCCUCGUGCCUCGGUAUCUGAAAGGCUCGAGGGGACCAGUGUUUGGUAUUUGACCGCGUGGCUGCUGUUACUGCAGCGGUGCGCGGUCUUUAAUAGUUUAACUGGGCUGCUGUGCGGCCCGCAUCGGGACUAUUCCUUCCUGUCCGGAUCCAGGAACUCCCCCCUGCUCGCCAUGAUGCUGGGGGCGGAGGGCUCCAGCUUCUGGCAGGAAGUAGCUUUCAACGCUACGCUUUGCAGGCAAUCAUUUGAGCUUUGUGAUGUAUAUGUUGCUUGUAUAUGUUUGCAAUUCUCAUAGAAUGUGUUGUCAUAUAUUUUAGCCUUUUUGCCAGCUUUACAUGAAUUUCUUCUUUUGUUUAAGCUUUUAAAAAUGCCAUUUAGGUCCAUGGUAUGUGUGUAUAUAUAUACGUGUAUGUAUAUAUAUAUAUACAUAUACACAAAUUAAUAUGUAUAUAUAUGAUUGGCUUUUCCAGGAAUUUUUGUUCCAACCUUUUUAUCCAGAUGACUCCGGACAAACGCUCUAUUAUGAAGAUGUUACUGUGCUUUUUAAGUUUACAGUGUUGUUACUCCCACUAACCUGAGCUUGCAGAAGCAGAUUUCCAAAAGCAUCCUUUGCUUGUGACCAAAUCUGAGGUUCAUCAGGACAAAGCACUUUUAAGUUUUUGAUAUUUGUCGGGUGAACCGACCUAAUUUACAUCCUUGACAUUCCUCAGAUUUGUGUCCCAAUGAACGAAAAAAGAAAAUAACCCCCUCAAAAUCUCAACAUCUUUUUGAUUUUUAUGUAUUUAAUAACGCUCCUUGCAUAUCAGGGAAGAAUAAUGAGAGGAAGAGAUUUUGAUUCGGAGGGGGUUACAAUCAGCUUUUGAUACAAGAUGUUGAUCUUUGUUUGAAUAUUGCACAACUGAAUUUCAAAUGACUGGUGUUUGCUCCUGAGAAGACGUUCACCUCCAGAGGUUCAACAGCACAGAAGCUUAAGCUCGAGACAGAGAACCCAAAAUAAUGUUAUCUAAGUAAUAAGCACAUGUGUAAUCCCAGCCUCAGUCUAUAAUAGUUUGCACAAAAGACUGAUGAGCCUCUCUGUUAUUAUUAUUAUUAUUAUUAACAUGAAUGUUCUUUAUUUACACAUAAUAUUGGCUGGUUACUGUUGAGGCCUGUGAGGCGAAAACUUAGCAGGAGCAACACCCGUGUUUCCACAUGGAGGCGUUUAGUCCCUCUGUGUAUUCUCUCACCCAUAUUGGGUUUCGCUGUACAUCUUGUUUACAGUAUUGUGUACUGUGCCUUGUGUGUAAAUGCGUAGUUAAUGUAAAUGUUUAGAAUGUAAUUCCCCCCCUCUUGCGGUUUACAUAUGCUGUUAAUGACUUGGACAUGAUUGUUGUACAGCUUUGAACUGUGUGACUAAACAACGCUGGAUUUUAUUCUCCAGUAUCUGGAGGGGUUCAAACUGUUUAUCCCCAAUACCGGCUUCUCAGGAAUUAUGAGCUUGAUGGUGGCGUCUGCUGCCUGAAGGGACCCACAGUGGGACCUGAAACUUUGAAUAAAAGAGCAUAACCACUGAGAAACGUUA